AAAGGAUUCGUCCCUGAACGGCAGUUGACGAAUGCAGCUACAGUAGGCAAUGUAGCUUCAGCUUAGAGCAGAGAAAGAACAGAGAAAGAUUUGUGAUUAAAGGAAAGAGUGCGUCGAAUUAAGAGAAAGAGAGAAUGUCAGAUACGCCAUUAGAUAUGUUGCCUCUUGGCAAUGAUGGAUCAUCACCACAAGCACCACCAGCCGACGGAAAUGAAACACCAUCAGAUAACCCAUCUCCUUCAGGUUCGAACUCACCAGAGUCUCCACCAGCUCCAGAUUCUAGUAAUCCAACAUCGGAUUCACCUCCUCCAGACUCCAGCAAUACACCUCCUCCUCCAGACUCCAACAAUACACCUCCUCCGCCUCCAGACCCCAACAAUACACCGUCAGGAAACUCGUCGCCCCCACCAGAUACAAAUACUCCCUCAUCUCCGUCAGAUUCAUCCCCACCUCCACCACCACCACCAGAGUCUGAUUCUUCACCUCCUUCAGGUUCCAAUAACGGUUCGCCACCUCCACCUCCACUGUCAGAUGACAACAACACUCCUUCUGAACCUCCACCUCCACCGUCAGAUAACAACAACACUCCUUCUGAAUCUUCUCCAGAUCCGAAGUCAUCUAAUGAUUCUCCUCCGACUGACAACGGAAGCAAAAGCUCCCCUCCAUCAUCUGACAAUCAAAACUCACCAAACACUGACAACCAACCUCCUCCUCAGAGACAAGAGUCCCCACCUUCACGCGAUGGUGCACAAUCUAAUCGUUCAUCAAGCCAUGUCCCAGAGCUAAGUGGUCCUUCCACACACUCAAGUCGUACUUCUUCCACCCCACUAGAUUCCGCUUCAUCUUCGAAGUCAGACGGGACAAUUAACGUUGGCACUGUUGCUGGUGCAACCGUAGCAGGAGUGCUAAUCAUUGCUUUCAUUGCCCUCUUUUUCGUCAUUGCAAGGAGGAGGAAAAGACGGCCUUUAGAUUAUUACGAUCCUUACAGACCACAGCCACCAAAUUACUCAGGGAAUUCAGAUGGGUAUUACUACGGAGGGCCACCUUCACAGCCACAUUCGCAGCAGCAUUCAGCAGGGAUGCCAGGUGGUCACUCACAGGAGUAUUAUAGUGGGGGGAGACCACCAGCAUAUCCUAAUUCUGGUCCAAUGAAUAGCUACGGUAGCUACAAAGGACCAGAUUCGGGUACAUUAGGAGGUGCACAGUCGUCAUUCACAUAUGAUGAGUUGAUGGGCAUAACAGAAGGGUUUUCUCGCCAAAAUAUUAUUGGAGAAGGUGGAUUUGGAGCUGUUUACAAGGGUCACCUUCCCGAUGGGAGAAUAGUAGCAGUGAAACAACUGAAGGCUGGGAGUGGCCAGGGUGAGAGGGAGUUCAGAGCUGAAGUUGAUAUAAUCAGUCGUGUUCACCAUAGGCAUCUGGUUUCUCUGGUUGGAUACUGCAUUGCUGACGCCCAAAGAUUGCUCGUCUACGAAUUUGUUCCGAAUAAUACUCUUGAACAUCAUAUACAUACUCCAGGAUUGCCGGUGUUGGAUUGGUCCAAAAGAGUAAGGAUUGCCAUUGGUGCUGCUCGUGGGUUGGCAUAUCUACAUGAAGACUGUCACCCAAAGAUUAUCCAUAGGGAUAUCAAAUCUGCCAACAUCCUGUUGGAUGACGUUUAUGAAGCACAGGUUGCAGAUUUUGGUCUUGCUAAGCUAUCAAAUGACAUAUCCACCCAUGUCUCAACUCGUGUAAUGGGAACAUUUGGGUACAUGGCACCUGAGUAUGCUUCAAGUGGCAAAUUGACUGAUAGAUCCGAUGUGUUCUCCUUCGGAGUGGUGCUUCUAGAGCUUGUGACUGGACGUAGACCUGUCGAGGCAAGCCAGGAUGACAGUUUAGUUGAAUGGGCCCGACCAUUGAUAGCCAGUGCAAUAGAAACUGGAGAUUUUUCAGAGUUGGCAGAUCCAAGGCUUGAAAAGAGAUACGUGGAGAGUGAGAUGUUUAGGAUGGCUGAGACAGCUGCUGCUUGUGUUCGUCACUCUGCCAACAAAAGACCCCGCAUGGUGCAGGUGUUAAGGGCGUUGGACACUGACGGUGACAUGCCAGAUAUCAACAAUGGUGUGAAAGUUGGUCAGAGCACUAUUUUUGAAGCAAACUCGGAUCUUCAAAAAUUUCGAAUGUUGGCACUUGGUGGCGAUGAUACUGCAGACUAUAGCAUGCAUAGUGGAAGUAUGAACUCUAGAGCAGAGAUUUUACCCCCGAAACCUCCACCAGGUUGGAGUGGCGAAUCAGAAACUCGUGCCAUUAACCCACGCAAAUGGUGAACAGUGUCCUUCAAAUACACUUUUACUUGCACCAUCAUUAUUUGCGCCUGCCCCAAAGAGAUGUACAUACAAAUGAGAUGGGAUCAGGAAAAUCCCAAUCGGCUGAAUACUGACUUUGCCCUUUUGCAUUUGAUUUGAGUAACCUGAUAGUUGUUUUUUCAUCGGAAGUAAACUCUAUUAGAGUAUGAUACGGAGUACAA